UGCCGGAACUGUGAUUACCAGCAGGAAGCCGACAACAGCUGCAUCUACGUCAACAAGAUCACGCACGAAGUGGACGAGCUGACCCAGAUCAUCGCUGACGUGUCCCAGGACCCCACACUGCCGCGGACCGAGGACCACCCGUGCCAGAAGUGCGGCCACAAGGAAGCGGUGUUUUUCCAGUCACACAGUGCGCGGGCCGAGGACGCCAUGCGCCUCUACUACGUGUGCACGGCCCCACACUGCGGUCACCGCUGGACUGAGUGAUCGCUCGCCCGUGUGUGAUAAACGAGCCGAU